ACUACACGUCAAAAAGGUAGACGGGAAAGAUCCAGAAGCUUUGAGAACUACACAAUGAAGUGGCUGCUCUUGGUUUUAAGCUUUGCCCUGGUCUUCACAGCAGGUGAAGGUCUGAAGUGCUAUAAGUGCCUGGAAACAAUAGACUCGAACACAUGUAAUCUCAAAGUGGAGGAGUGUCAAGACAGUGGGGACGUUUGCGUGACUACCAUGCACGUCACGUUUGGUGGCCCAGUUCAGUCAUGCCUCCCUAGAAUUCAGUGCACUUACCUAGAAGACAGUGGCUUCGAUGUAGUGCACUGCUGCAAAACCGACUUGUGCAACAAAGUCUAA